UAAACAUACCAUAAUGUUGGCUGAAGAUAGCACGUUCAGUGGUAAUACAUGCGCUUGUAAAGGGAUCCGGCGGUGUCUCGUCUGUGAAAAAAUUAAAGGGAAGUCACAACACGAGGCAAGAGAAAAGAAGGUUGUCCAUCAUUUCCUCUACAACUCUGAGACGAGGCUCGCUGACUCCACAGAUGCAGAGGUUGCAUCCUUCCCUUUUCCUGGUGUCUUCCUGUGGGAGAACUUUAUAUCAGAGGAGGAGGAAAAUGAGCUGAUUAACUCAAUGGACCAGGAUUCAUGGAAUGAGUCCCAGUCUGGUCGGAGGAAACAGGACUUUGGCCCAAAGGUGAACUUUAAGAAAAGGAAGGUACGCAUGGGUGACUUCAGCGGACUCCCGGCUUUGAGCCAAAAACUGGUAGCCCGGAUGCAGCUGGAGCCGAGCCUGGCGGGCUUUCAGCCGGUGGAGCAGUGCAAUCUGGACUACCAUCCGCAACGAGGCUCAGCCAUCGACCCACACCUCGACGACUCCUGGCUGUGGGGGGAGCGGCUGGUCACCAUCAGCAUGUUAUCAGACACAACGCUCACCAUGUCUCUUGAGCAGGGUAUGCCAGAGCUGGGACUAGCAGAGGAAGUCCACGUGGCUGUGCGUCUUCCUCGCAGAUGUUUAGUAGGCCUACACGGUGAGGCGAGGCAUCGAUGGAAACACGCCAUUCACCGGGAGGAUGUUCACGAGCGCAGAGUCUGCUGCACGUACAGAGAGCUGUCUGCAGAGUUCCAGCCUGGUGGGGAGCAGGCGCUGCUGGGAACUCAGCUGUUGAACACUGCUCUGAGCUUCCAAGGAACUCCAGUAUAACCCAUCCACACAGUUUUACCUAUCAGAACAAGGACACAUAAUGAACUCUGAACAGGUGUCCUUAAUUCAGCAUAAAGGUUUGGAUGCUAGAAAUGAUCACUUAUUUCACACCAGCAAAAUGCUGUUGAAUUUAGAUGUCCAGCAUUCCCAGUAUAAGUUCCUCUUAAAUCUGUUUUUCAUGGAGGUUAUCAUCGGUAGGGGGACAUCUGAUGAGCAUUACAGCACUGCUCUGAGUAACACAUGUUUGAUUUCCAUUGUUUUAUUGAUAUAUCAAUCAGAAGGCAUCAGGUUCACAGGUGGCUGACAUGCAACAUCCAACUGAAAAACCGGAACUCUUAUUUGGUUUUAGACGGACGAUCAGGGACAAUUAAUGCCAACAACAGUUAAAAUAAAUAUUACAGACUUCCUCACCAUCCUCUGAUCUGUGAUGUU